AUGUCCAACGCUCUCGGUAAGUUGUUCGACCAUGUCGCUCAGGACGCUCAGAAAUCUCUGUCGUCUUCCUCCGAGUCAGAUGACCCGUCCGCCGGAGAUGUUAUCUCCAGGCUUAAAGAGUUUCGGAGCUCUUUUCCGAAAGACUCUGCGAAUCUUAAUCAAAACAUUUUACAUCGUCUCUGUUCCUCCGUUGCAAAAUUUGUAGGCUAUAAGCCUCCCGGAACCUACGAUGGUUCCGGGAUUGUGUACGGCGACGCCUGCCGUCUGUGCGACGCCAUCAUAGAGUUUUUGCAUAGCGCGUUGAGUGAUGUCUAUGAAAACCAGCCGUACGUCGCUGGUAGAGCUGCGUUGAGUGGUGUGGUUGGUGAGCUUGGAAAAGCCAGGUGGCGUGGUCACCAUGGCUUCAAGACUGCCGUCCCCAAAGUGGCCGGAGGCCUCGGGGAGUAUAACAAAAAAGUCAAGGCUUCUAACGAAAAGGUCAGGAAGCCGAUUGACGACGUUAUCGCAUUUGUGAAAGAUGGUGGUGAGUUGUCUAGAGGCAUUAAUGAUUUGCAGGUGUCGGAUACAUCAACGCCUAGCCAAGAUGAGCAGACUGUGGAGGCCGCUGCGUCCUUGGUGGACCGGUGCAAAGAGGUUGCCAGGGACUUCUCCAAAAAGCUGGAGUCUGCUAAAACCGCCAUAGGUGACCUGAACCCGAAGCUGAGAUCAAAACUUGAGAACGCCAGGAAAAGCUUCUUCAAUCACGUGGGCUGGCUGAGCAAGUGGUCUCGCAAGGGUCAGAAGAAGAAGUUGGACGAGAUGAUUCAUAAAAUCAAGACAAGGCUUAGGAGGCUCGGAAAGGAAGUCAAGGAUAGAAUUAAACAAGAAGUGCACGCGCUUGUCGAAUUGUUGAAGGAGCGUGUUAGGAAGAUUAAAAGGAAGUUGGAAGACAUAAGUGAGAGCCUGGCGAAAUAUGUUCAGGAUCUGGUGAAGUGGAUGGAUGACGCAAAACUGUAUAUUAAUGAAGUAAAGAAGUAUGUUGACAAGAUAUUGGAGGAGAUUUAUGGAGACGAUAAAAAGAAGAUUGAUGAGGCCGCCGGGAAAAUUGAUAAGACACUUAGUGACAAAGUGUCGGAGCUGAAACAGUGGGCUGAGGCUGCGGACGCCGCCGUUCAGGCGGCUAAGGAGAAGGCGGAAAACGUACAUGGGAGGUUGGAUCAUAAUAAAAACGAUGCUUCAGGGACCGUGAUUGGUCAGGGGAUUGGUAAAAUUGAGGAAGCUAAAGACAAAGUUAAGCAAGUUGAUGGUCAGUUGAAACGUAUUCACAGUGAUUUAGGUAACUGGAAAAAUGCGGCAAGUGACGUCCUUGGCACAGCGGUUAAGAAGGCGACGGAAGUCCAUGGCAAGUUGGAUCCUGAUAAAAGUAAGUCGACGCUUGGUGGUAAAAUCGGAGAAAUUGAAGACGCAAAAAACAACAUUAUUAGCGCAAAUUCACAACUGAAAACACAAGUCGACAGUCUGCAUUCUUGGAUCGACACCGCCGAGGAUAUCCGUGCAAAGGCUGAGAGAAAGGCCAAGGAAGCCUAUGAUAAGUUGGAACCUCAUGAAGCUUUGAGUAAGCAAAUCGGAGAGAUUGUGACAGCGAAUAAGAAAAUUAACGAAGUUCAUAAAAGUAUGCAGGGUGUUAGUAAAAAUCUGGGGGAGUGGAAGUCUGAGGCCGGGACAGUGCUUGACGAAGCGGUAAAAAAGGCGACGGAAGUGCAUGAUGCGUUAGAUACUGAUCAAAAAAGUGACGCUGUAGGCCAUCCUGUUGGGUAUAAUAUACAGCAAAUUAGCACACACAACAACUUAAUUAAAGAAGCAAAUAACACUCUCGCCACUGAAGUCACGGCUUUAGGGAGUUGGCACAAGGCGGCGCAACAGAUUGUUUCCAAGGCGCAGCAUAAAUCUCAAGAAAUUUUGGAUAGAGUUCUUAAGGACAACGGUGAUCAAACGGUUAUUGGUGAGAAUGCUAGCAAGUUGAAAGAAAAAGCUGAGAACCUUUUGACUGCCUACAGCCAGGCGCAUGGGAAUGUUACUGGUUUAGUAAGUAAAGUUACUGAGGCCGUUAAAGAUUUGGAAGCCGGCAUGAAAGAUGAUUUGCGGAGGCUGCAAAAGGAUAUUGUGAACAGUAUGAAAAAGCAUGUUGGUGAAAUGCUUUUGCAGAUUAAGGGGCAAGUGGGACAGAUUAAGGGGAAGGAUAGGGGUGAUUGGGGAAAUUCAGGCGCCUCAGGUCUUUUGGGAAUUGAGGAGGCAGUGCAUAAUUAUGCCACUGCUUUUCGCAACAAUAAUUUUGCAGAAAUUGCCAAGGGCUGGUUGGAAGCCACAAUCUUGAGGUACAACGGCACCGUGCGGAGGAUACUCGGUAAAAAGGAUGCGUAUGAUGAGUAG